AGUUCCACUUUUAUUCAUCACUGAAUCCAGCUCUACAUCUACGCAACAAUGUCUGAAAAGCUUGAAAUCCACAAGUUCCAGAACGAAAAGGGGGAAUACAAGAGAAAGCCUUCUGAGUUCCGUUCCGUCAUCUCCGACGCUGCCAACAGCCAGUUCAAGCCGGAAGCUAACCGCUACCACUUGUAUGUGUCAUACGCAUGUCCAUGGGCCAACAGGACGCUCAUUCUCAGAGCAUUGAAGGGGUUGAGCGCCAUCAUCACCGUCAGUGUGGUGCACUGGCAUAUGGACGACAAGGGCUGGAGAUUCCCUUCGGAAGGGGAUGAGUGUAAGGAUGCUACCGAGGACCACGUUAAUGGGGUCAAGCGGUUGAGCGAGUUAUAUUUCAAGGCAGAACCUGGUUACACCGGCAGGUACACCGUGCCAGUCUUGUGGGACAAGAAGUUGGGCACCAUCGUGAAUAACGAGUCCUCUGAGAUCAUCAGAAUGCUCAACAGUGGCUUCAAUUCUGUGUUGCCAACUAACUACGCACAGCUAGACUUCUACCCCGAAGACUUGCGGGCCAAGAUUGACGAAUUGAACGAGUGGAUUUACCCUACGAUCAACAAUGGUGUCUACAAGUCUGGUUUUGCCACCAACCAGCAAGUGUAUGAGCGUGAAGUGGGUACGGUUUUCAAAUCCUUGGAUGACGUGGAGCAGAUCCUCAAAGGGAGACACGAGAAGAAGGAGAAUUUCUUGUUGGGUAACCAGUUGACAGAAGCCGAUAUCAGAUUGUUUGUCACCAUUGUCAGAUUCGACCCUGUGUACGUGCAGCAUUUCAAGUGCAACAUUAAGGACAUUCGCCACGACUACCCCCACAUCCACAAGUGGUUGAGAUUGUUGUAUUGGAAGGUUGACGGGAUUAAGGAGACCGUUAACUUUGAGCACAUCAAGUCUCACUACACCAAAUCGCACCCACAGAUCAACCCCUUUGGUAUUACCCCAGUGGGCCCAAUUCCCAACAUUUUGGACUUUGAAUAAGUGUCGAGGCGGGGUGUGAACGGAGACUUUUCAUUGAGGGGCGAUAGCCCAGUUUAACAUGAGAUUACCC